AUGUGGUGUAGAUGUAUAAUAUUUGGAUUAUUGAUUUUGGCCUCGGUUUUCCAUACAGAGGCCAUUGUUGGGUCCAGUUCUCAUCACCAAGCACAAGCAGUACUUGACACAGAUGGUAAUCAGCUCCAGGCUGGAAGGGAAUAUUACAUCGUUUCAGCCAUUCGAGGAGGUGGUGGAGGCGGAGUAACUAUUGGUAGAAGAGAAGGUUCAAGUUCACACUCUCCCACCGUGAGACAACACUCCUACGACAUGAAUUUGGGUAGCCCUGUUACUUUCACUCCAGUAUCUAAUUCCUCUCAAGAGAUACUUAUUUGGGAAGAACUUGAUGGAGUUCAGUACCUCAGACUCAGAGAGAUGUCAUCAGAAGAAAAUAGGAUUGAGGAACAUACUGAUUUGAAUAUCGGGUUCUCAGGAUCAAAGAGAGUGUGGCAAGUGGAGGAGGCUAAUAAUGGCAGAUCAUCGUCAUCAUCUAGCCAGACAACAAGAUAUGUGACCCUCAGAGGCCAACCAGGUCAGCCAGGAGCCUCCACAGUGAGGAACUGGUUCAGGAUAGAAAGGAUUAGCAAGUCAAACCCCGAGUACCGAAUCGCCUACUGUCCUAGCGUAUGCGAGUCUUGCCAUGUUGAAUGUGGAAAUGUUGGGAUUAUGGAAGAAAACGAAACGAGGUGGCUUUCAGUAUCGCAACAUAGAGAAUUUCCAUUCGUAUUUAUAAGGAAGGGCAAGGCACUCCAAGAAUCAGUAAAAGCUCAAAAUGGCUAG